AUGGGUAGAAGAAGAUUGCAAGGCACUGAAAAUGCAACCAACGGUGUUGUGUUCUCUUGUUCUGUGAUUAGGAUCAAUCGAAGUCCUGCAUCUCACGCUGGUGGGUUGUUUGCAAGCGUUGGUCAAGUAGCAAGGGGGUUUGUUAUUACACCAAAUCUUCAGAAUCCUAUAGAUAAAAGCACAAAGCUUCUGAGUUCCACAUACAUGAAAUAUAUGCCAACUCCGGAUUUUGGUUUGCGGAUUGGCAGGGUUGAUGAGUUGGUGGAAGGAGAGGCGUUGGAGCUUGGAGAAGAAGAGCUGCUCAAGAACAACAAAAGGGGUGGUUUGAAAUUGAAAAUUAAGAUUGGGAAUGCAUCAUUGAGAAGGUUGUUCAGUGGAGCAAUAGCAGGCGUGGUGUCGCGCUCUGCGGUUGCACCAUUGGAGACAAUAAGGACCCAUUUGAUGGCGGGGAGCUGUGGUCACUCCAGUUCUCAAGUAUUUCAAUCUAUUAUGGAGACUGAUGGAUGGCAAGGCUUAUUCAGGGGUACUUUGGUUAAUGUCAUCCGGGUUGCCCCAAGCAAGGCUAUUGAGUUAUUCGCUUAUGAUACGGUUAAUAAGCACUUGACUCGACCUGGGGAGGAGCUGAAAAUCCCUAUUCCCGCUUCAUCAAUCGCAGGCGCUGUUGCUGGAUUUAGCUCAACCUUGUGUACAUACCCUCUGGAAUUGUUAAAAACACGAUUAACUGUGCAGAGAGGAGUGUACCAUAACUUUUUUCACGCAUUUUCUAAAAUUGUCCAAGAGGAGGGACCUGCAGGACUGUAUAGAGGCCUCACCCCAAGUUUAAUUGGAGUAAUUCCAUAUGCUGCCACCAAUUACUUUGCUUAUGAUGCACUCUCAAAAGCUUACAAGAAAGCUUUCAAAAAGGAGGAAAUCGGAAAUAUAACUACACUCUUAAUCGGGUCAGCAGCUGCUGCAAUUUCAAGCAGUGCAACUUUCCCACUUGAGGUGGCUAGAAAGAAAAUGCAGGUCGGGGCUCUGAAUGGGAGACAAUACAAGCACAUACUUCAUGCUCUUUCUUGCAUACUUGAGAGUGAAGGAAUUGCUGGUUUAUACAGAGGGUUGGGGCCAAGCUACAUGAAAUUGGUCCCUGCUGCUGGAAUAUCCUUCAUGUGCUAUGAGGCAUGCAAGCGGAUACUGACUGAGAAUGAGGAAGAAAUCUAA